CAAACACAAUAAUGAGUCUCUGAUUAAUCACUUUGAAGGAAAACAAUCAGUUUCUUCUCACCAAACAAACACGUCCUUAUUUAACUAACAAACCAAAUCUUCUGUUCUUUUUCUAAUUUUGCUUCUGCUUCAGCUUCUCCGUUUUCCUUUUCUUUUACAAUAAGUCAAGCUCAACUCUUGUUUAAAAAUCUCGAAACUAAGAGCGCUUCCUCUUCAGGUGCCAAACACGUCCUUAUUUCAAAAUUUUAUGUAGCUCUGAGAGGUUACCAGCCUCGAAAUGGCGUUGCUUCGAAGACUGUUCUAUCGGAAGCCUCCUGAUGGACUGCUCGAGAUCUCCGAACGAAUUUACGUUUUCAACUGCUGCUUUACUACUGAUGCUUGGGAAGAAAAGAAUUAUAAAGGGUAUGUAGGAGGAAUAGUUGAUCAACUACGAGAACACUUUCCAGAUGCCCAGUUCUUGGUGUUCAAUUUUCGUGAAGAAAAGACCAAAAGUCUUAUAGCCGAUGUCUUGGCUGAGUAUGACAUAACCAUAAUGGACUACCCUCGGCAAUAUGAGGGUUGCCCAUUGCUCACAAUGGAGGUCAUCCACCAUUUUCUGAGAUCUACCGAAAGUUGGCUCUCACUUGGGCAGCAAAAUGUGCUGAUGAUGCAUUGUGAAUGGGGUGGUUGGCCAGUUUUGGCUUUCAUGCUGGCUGCACUCCUGAUUUACAGGAAGCAGUACAGUGGAGAACAGAAGACUUUGGACAUGAUUUAUAAGCAGGCUCCUCAUGAACUUUUGCAGUUGCUCUCAGCGCUGAAUCCAAUUCCUUCUCAACUGAGGUAUCUGCAGUACAUCUCAAGGAGGAAUGUAGUCUCAGAAUGGCCUCCUUUGGAUAGAGCUCUCACCUUGGAUUGUGUCAUCCUCCGAUUUAUUCCUAACUUUGAUGGAGAGGGUGGUUGCCGUCCAAUAUUUCGAAUUUAUGGACAGGAUCCUUUUCUUGUUAAUGAUCGAAGUACCAAAGUAUUAUAUGCAACAAUGAAAGGAAGUAAAACUGUCCGGGCUUAUAAGCAGGGAGAAUGUGAACUAGUUAAAAUUGACAUCAAUUGCCAUAUACAAGGUGAUGUUGUGCUCGAGUGUAUCAACUUGAACGAUGACAUGGAACGAGAAGAAAUGAUGUUCCGGGUUGUCUUUAACACAGCCUUUAUCAGAUCAAAUAUAUUGAUGCUGAACCUUGAUGAAGUUGACAUAUUUUGGGAUGCUAAAGAAUUAUUCCCUAAGGGAUUCAGAGCAGAGAUUCUUUUCUCAGACAUGGAUGCUGCUGCUUCAAUUGUCGAUCUUGAUGUUUCUUGCUUUGAGGAGAAGGAGGGCCUUCCAGUUGAGGCAUUUGCCAAAGUUCAUGAAAUCUUUAACCAUGUGGAUUGGUUAGAUCACAAGACAGAUUUUGCAUUUAAUGUGCUCCAGCAGUUAAGAGCAUCAAAUAUUAUCCAAGAGAAGUCAGACACUGAUUCAAGCCCAAGUUUGGGAGAUAGCCCUGUACUUAAGGAAACAAGCUCUACAGAUCUUCAAGAUAAAAAGAAGCUUACAAUUGUGGAGGAUAGCACUGAGAGCUCAGUGUCCUUGGAUCCAAAGUCUUAUUCCGUGCCCUCACCACUAGUAUCUCCAGAUACCAAUAAGAGGAAGGAGGAAAAACCGCAAGAUUCUGGGAAUGCCCUUCAACUACCUAGUCAAUCUGAUGUCAUGUCCCAACAGACACCUGAAUCUUGUUUACAAGAUUCACCUCUAUUGGUGCCAGGACAUCAUGAUGGAUCCCAAGCUUCUGACGGCAAACCUUUGACGCAUGAUGAUGAAUCAUUUGUAAAAGCAGAGGUCACUCAUGAGAUGAUAACAUCUGUUACUGUCCCAAAUACCACUCCAGCUCGAGAUCCAGCUGUCCCAUUUAGACCUCAAUCUGUAGAUGUUGACAGUGUUUCAUUUUCACCACCAACUCCUCCACCCCCUAUCCCACCUCGGCCUUCUUUAACUUCUAGUGCCUUGAAAACUCCUCCUCCUCCUCCUCCACCUCCACCUCCACCUCCACCUCCACCUUCUGAGCUACCCUCUCAUUGUCUUUCAGAUUCAAAUUCGGCACAUUCGUCCCUUUUGAAAGAGAGUGAAUUCUGUUUAGGAGAUAAGCAGUCAGCGGACAGCCCCCUACCUGCUCUCAAGACUUCCAUCUUAGUCACAACUUCUGAUGCUUCAUUGUCUACUACUACUUCCCCUCCAGCUCCUGCAAGUGCUUCAUCAACUCUUCCCAAACCUCCUCCUCCACCUCCUCCAACACCACCUCUGAAAACUCCAGACUCUGGUGAAACUCCGAAAUUUUUUUUCUCUACACCUUCCCCUUUAGCCUCUUCAGUUGCUUCAUCAGUGACUACCUCACCUUCACCUCUUCCAUCACCAUCUUUGAAGGAGAAAUCAGACAUUGGAGCUGGACCUCCUCCACCCCCACCCCCUCCUCCCAUGCCACCUUUGAAGGAGAAAUCAGACAUUGGAGCUGGACCUCCACCACCUGCACCGCCUCCUCCCAUGCCACCUUUGAAGGAGAAAUCAGACAUUGGAGCUGGAACUCCUCCACCCCCUCCUCCCGUGCCGCCUUUGAAGGACAAAUCAGCCAUUGGAGCUGGAACUCCUCCACCCCCACCCACUCCUCCUGUGCCACCUUUGAAGGACAAAUCAGCUAUUGGAGCUGGACCUCCUCCACCCCCACCCCCACCCCCUCCAAUCUGCUCUGGACAGCCUGCUAAUUCCACAGUUUCAUCUUCAGUUCCUCCACUACCCCCACCUACUCCCCCUUUGUCCUCAAAUUCCCCUUCAGUCCCCUCUGCUCCCCCUCCACCUGUUCCUUUUGGUAAAGGGGCAUCAAAGACUCGUGCUGCUUCCCCCUCUAGUGGUUCUCCAGUUCCUCCACCACCACUAAUUUCUCCCUCUAGUUCAAAGGGUCGAUUGUCACGUACUAUCAGUUCAAGGAGUCAGCAAACCAAGAAAUUGAAGCCUUUGCAUUGGUUGAAGUUAACAAGAGCUGUUUCUGGAAGUUUAUGGGCUGAAGCAAUGAAAUCUGGUGACACUUCCAAGGCUCCAGAGAUUGACAUGUCAGAACUUGAGAGUCUUUUUUCAGCUGCAGUUGCAAAUUCAGAUGGUGGAAAAUCAAGUCGCCGUAGUGCACAGGGUCCUAAAUCAGAUAAAGUGCAACUGAUUGACCAUCGGCGAGCAUAUAAUUGUGAAAUCAUGCUCUCAAAGGUCAAAGUGCCAUUGCGUGAGUUGAUGAGUUCGGUUCUUGAUCUAGAAGAAUCAGCGUUAGAUGUUGACCAGGUUGAAAACCUUAUUAAGUUUUGUCCAACGAAGGAGGAGAUGGACCGACUUAAGGGCUACACUGGAGAAAAGGAAAAGUUGGGAAGAUGUGAGCAGUUCUUCUUAGAGUUGAUGCAAGUUCCACGAGUAGAAUCCAAGCUCAGAGUUUUCUCAUUCAAGAUACAAUUUCGUUCCCAGGUUUCUGACCUUCGAAGUAGCCUGAAUGUCGUGAACUCUGCAUCAGAAGAGAUCAGGAACUCUGCCAAACUGAGAAGAAUCAUGCAGACAAUUCUUUCAUUAGGAAAUGCUUUAAACCAGGGAACUGCUAGGGGCUCUGCAAUUGGAUUUCGGUUGGAUAGCCUUCUCAAACUCACUGAUACACGGGCACGGAACAGCAAGAUGACUCUCAUGCAUUAUCUUUGUAAGGUGCUUGCUGAUAGAUUACCAGAACUUCUAGACUUUUCAGGAGACCUUACCAGUUUGGAGCCAGCAGCAAGGAUACAAUUAAAAUUUUUGGCCGAGGAAAUGCAAGCCUUAAGCAAAGGAUUGGAGAAAGUGGUUCAGGAACUAACCUUAUCUGAAAAUGAUGGCCCUAUGUCAGUAAAUUUUCAUAAGAAUUUAAAAGAGUUCCUCCGGUUUGCUGAGGCUGAAAUAAGGACUUUGGCUUCUCUAUAUUCUGGAGUGGGUAGAAAUGUGGAUGCGUUGAUUCUUUACUUUGGAGAAGAUCCAUCUCGCUGUCCCUUUGAGCAAGUGAUUUCAACUCUGCACAACUUUGUGAAAAUGUUUAGCAAAGCCCAUCAGGAAAACUGCAAGCAACAUGAGCUCGAAAUGAAGAAAUUGGCGGCAGAAAGUCCGAAGUCAAAGAUGAAUGUUGCGCAUAAGGAGUCUGAACGCAUGUUACAUACCCCAACCUAGAACACGAAUCUCAACAGAUUUUCUCAUCAUUGUAAACAAUCCUUCUCAAGAAAGAAAAUAACAGAUGCUCCAGCACGCAGAGACGUACAGUGUAAGCACUGGAAUCAUCUCAUUGAUGUUGGAGAAAAAUGUAUAUUCAGCCAGUCAUAGAUUAGAUUUGAAAUGUAAAUACAAAAUGUCAGAAAUUUGGUGCAGACAUUUAGGUUGAGCUGUGUUUUUCUGCAAGAGAUGGAGUCAGCAGAAUCUUGUUCUUCGGUAGGCAACAGCUGUAAGUAAUUUCGAAGAAAGAUUUUGGCAGAUAGUUAAUCUUUUUCCCCUUCAAGUUUUGGCUUUCACUUUGAAUUGAUUUCCACACCAUUCUUUAUUUAAUUGAAAAUUUGAUCU